UUCGAUCUUUCUACUUCAUAUUCGAUUUAAAAAUUUUAAAAUCUAAUGUCACUUGCCGAUGAACUAUUAGCUGAUUUAGAAGAAGGGGAAGAGGAGCAGGAUAUUUAUGAUGUCAAUAUGGAUAAGGAUAUUGAGGAUGUAGAUGAUAUUGACGAAGAAUCUAAUAAAAAACAGUAUAAGGAUUCUGUUUUUAAUAUUGCAAAAUUAUGGGAUAGUGAUCAAUUGAAAUCUGUCAUGAUCCAAAUUGAAGAAAAAAUUAAGCAACAAGAAGAUAUGGGAUUUGAAAUGAGUGCACAAAGUUUUGAAGGGAUAAUUGAAAAUCAUCAUGAAUACCAACUCAUUGUUGAGGCAAAUAAUUUGGCUGUUGAAAUUGAAAAUGAAAUAAAUGUCAUCCAUAAAUAUAUCAGAGACGUCUAUACAAAACGGUUUCCAGAGCUAGAAUCAUUGAUACCUACCCCAUUAGAGUACAUAUUGACCGUUAAGGAAUUGGGCAAUGAUUUGGAAAAAUCAAAAUCGAGCUCAGAACUGCAAAAAAUAUUGACACAUGCCACUAUCAUGGUUGUCAGUGUAACUGCAUCUACUACACAAGGGACUUUACUAGAAGACAAUGAAUUCAAACAAGUUGAUGAUGCAUGUGAUUUGGCUAUAAAUUUGAACGAUGCUAAGAUGAAAAUUUUACAUUUUGUUGAAUCGCGUAUGAUGUUCAUAGCUCCUAAUCUGACUUUCAUAGUUGGUUCAACUUGUGCCGCUAAAUUAAUGGGAGGUGCCGGUGGUUUAUCGAAACUUUCUAAGAUCCCUUCCGCAAAUUUCAUGGUUAUUGGGGCUCAAAAAAAGAUAUUGUCAGGAUUUUCUAGCACCGCCUUAAACCCUCACCUGGGUUACAUAUUCAUGAGUCCUAUCGUACAGUCUGCGCCACCUGAUCUCAGGAGAAAAUUAUGCAGGUUGGUCGGAAAUAAAUGCGCUUUAGCUUCCAGGGUAGACAGUUUUCACCAAAAUAGAAACGGACUUAUAGGUCAGCAAUACGUAGACUUGAUCAAACGUUAUUUAGACAAAUUACAAGAACCGCCUGCGGUAAAACAAAUAAAACCAUUACCAGCGCCCACCGAGGGCCCUAAGAAAAGAAGAGGAGGUCGAAAGUACCGAAAAAUGAAGGAAAGGUUCGGGUUGACGGAAAUGAGAAAGCAAGCUAAUCGAAUGACGUUCGCCCAUAUCGAAGACGACGCUUAUCAAGAGGAUCUAGGAUUUUCUCUCGGAAAUUUGGCUAGCCAGAGCACGGGAAAAAUAAGGGCCGCCCAAGUCGACAAUAAAACGCAAGUCAAAAUAUCGAAGACCCUUCAAAAACACAUUCAUAAACAAAAUGCCCAUUGGAAAUCGGGAGCGUCUCAGACCCCCUCACUAUCGGGUGGUAGAACUACUAUUCGACAUGGUUCAUCCGUUAAGACUAAUUCAACUGUGUGUGGUACGGCUUCUAGUAUAGCUUUCACUCCUUUGCAAGGACUUGAAAUAGUUAACCCACUCGCAGCUGAAAAGAUGAUGGAUGAUUCAUCCGCCAAAUACUUUUCUCAGAAGAGUGGAUUUAUUAAUUUAAAUAAAAAGUCAUGAAAUGAUUUGAAAAAAUUAACGUCGAACAUGAUUUAUUUAUCGUUUUUAUCAUUUUAUUUAUAC